UACGUCACGUCACUAGUUAUCAUCGAAAGGUCGGCAGGGUCAGUGGAAGUGAUCGGCGAAUAUUUUAAUUUUAUAAUAAAAGUCUGACACUUUCCUUUUAAUACUCACGCGAAGAUGUUCUCCCGCGUCCUGAAGCCUGUUGGCACACUCGCCGUUCAAAAUGGAGCCAAGAGCUUCUCUACAUCCCCUCAGAGAAAUUUCAAAGUGGUGGUGGCGGGUGCGGCUGGUGGUAUUGGCCAGCCCCUGGCCCUGCUGAUCAAACAGAACCCGCUGGUGACCCAGCUGGCGCUAUAUGACCUGGCGCCGGUCACGCCCGGUGUGGCCGUGGACCUGUCCCAUAUGAACACCGUCGCCAAGGUCACUGGCUACAAGGGCCCUGAGGAACUUCCUGCCGCUAUCAAAGGCGCCGACCUGGUCGUGAUCCCCGCCGGCGUGCCCCGCAAGCCCGGCAUGACCCGCGACGACCUAUUCAACACCAACGCCUCCAUCGUGCGGGACCUGGCGAAAGUGGUCGCCGAACAGUCGCCGAAGGCCAUCAUGGCUAUCAUCACCAACCCUGUUAACUCCAUGGUGCCUAUUGCCUCUGAAGUGCUGAAGAAGGCCGGCUGUUAUGACCCCAACCGCGUCCUUGGCGUGACGACCCUCGACGUGGUCCGCGCGGCCGCCUUCAUCGGCGAGAUCAACGGUGUCGACCCCCAGUCCGUACAGAUCCCCGUCAUCGGAGGACACUCCGGAGUCACCAUCAUCCCGGUCCUCAGCCAGAGCAAGCCCGCUGUCAAGCUGACCGACCAGGGCAAGAUUGAGGCCUUGACUAAGAGGAUACAGGAGGCUGGUACUGAGGUGGUGAAGGCCAAGGCCGGCGGCGGGUCGGCGACUCUCUCGAUGGCGUACGCCGGCGCGCGUCUCGCCAACGCUGUUCUGCGCGGUCUCAACGGCGAAUCCAACGUCGUGGAAUGCGCGUACAUCAAGUCUGACCUGACCGAGGCGUCAUACUUCGCCAACCCCGUGGUGUUCGGCAAGAGCGGCGUCGCCAAGAACCUCGGCUACGGCGCCCUCAACGCCUACGAGCAACAACUGCUCAAGGAGGCCAUCCCUGAGCUUAAGAAGAACAUCGUCACCGGCGAGAAAUUCGUCAAUAAGUAGAUGGACGAAGUUGUAUCAAUGUAAUUGUAACGCGGUUAUUGUUAUAUGGCGUUAUUCUUAAACGCGUUUCUGGCCUGAAUCGUUUGACUUUAUUAUUUUGACUUUUGUAUUUGUAAUACCUAAAGUUGUAUAACACUUGACUCCGUUUCAAGGAGAUAAGUAUGCGGCUUUAGCCAACAAAAUGUAUUUUUGGUUUGUGUGAUGAAAUGGCCUUUUAUAAGAUGGGCAACUAAAGGAUAGCAUAACUGCCAAGCAUAAACGCUGACAGUAAUAUUAUAGCUGCAAUAUUAUAGGAAACGGGUUAAAUUCUCUUAACCUUUUUACCAAAAUAUAUGUCGUAGAAUUUUAACCGGUUACAAUGACAUAUGCCAUUAAAUUAAGUAGAAGGCCAGGCGCGGAGAAUCGAUUUAAGUUUAAUUUUAUUGUUUAAGUGUCGAUCGUUAACUGUUACUAAAAUAUUUAUUUAUUUUAAUUAUUAUUAUCAAGUUUUUUACAAAAAAACUUUUUUUAAAUCAUUUUUUAUCCGACAUUGUUAAAAACUGAUAUUUAUACACGAUAAUACAGUAUUGAAUCAUAGCAUCCGGUCUGGCCCAUUGGUAGCGUGGUAAAUAGCUAAACCCCGUAUAUACACUUAGUAUUUCAUCUGCAUUUUGAGCAAAGUUAUUUCGAUACCUUAAGACUUGAAAUGACUGUUUUUAGUGUCUCAUAGUAUCGAAAUAUUCAACCAAGUAUUGUGGUCGAGGCACCUAUUGCCAAAGUUACCAUGUCUGCGUGAGGACGAAUGUUUGUAAAUAUAUUGAGUGUCCGGAUGUUGUAAUAAAUGUUACUACACUUU